AUGGAGUCUCCGACGCGUCUUGCCCCGAGUCCCUCAAAGGUCCUCCAUCCGGUGUCGCCGGAACGCAUGAAUCAACAAACCAUACCCGCCUCGCCCUCGCUACCAGCGGACCUCCUCACACUACACCACAAAAACGCCAGAGGCGUCUCAGAAGUCCAAGCCAAAGUGGCUUUCCUAAACGGUCUAUCGCGGGGCGCUAGCCCUGGCGGUUCGUCCGCUGCCAACAAUGCCGCCAUUCAAAGGGCUAUUCUCGGCCGCGAGGAGGCCGAGUCAGCUCUAGCCACCGCACAAGAAGAACUAUCCGAAGCUGAAUCACGAGAACGCCGAAUUAGCGAACGCCUCGAAUCAUUACUAGAGGAGUUACACGGAACGAAAGAACGCCAGGGCCAUGAACGAUCUAUUUUCGAAAAAGAAAUUCGCAAGGCCCGCAAAGAAGCCUUCCGGGCUGGAUCGACUUUGGUGAAACUUCAGGAAGAACUGAAGCAUUCAAAGUCGGAAGUCAAAGCACUCAAGGACGAAGUGACAGCAGAACGGGAGUCCAAGGAAAAAGCCAAGCAGGAGGCAUUCGAACGUGCUUACGCACUCGCUGGUCUCACCGAGGAACUCGAAGUUCUCAAAGGGAAACUCCGCUCUCUGGAAACAGACAAUCAUUCUAGCAACCUGGAAGUCCGCGCCCAUGAGAUUCGGAGAGAAGACUUCGAUAGAAUGUCAUUGGCAGAGGGCGACCUCGCCUUUUUAACUACACCGCGGAGACCUAAACGUGUCGCUGCAGGCUCCGUCCGAUCCCCCGCCCUUGAACAAGAAGAAGACGAAGCGGAAGCUACACCUCCCAAGCGCCCGCGUUUGUCAGACGUUGCGAUUAAGAAUGAAAGACCUGCCUCUGAGGCGGGUCCCGUCGAAGUCGACGAGGAUGUCUUAGAAGAAAUGAAGGAGGACCUUGUAUUCGAGCGCCGCCGCAGGGUUGCCGCAGAAGAAAUGGUGCACUUCUUGAACAUCGAAUGCCAAUUCGAACGCUGCUCUUGCCGCAUUGCUGAGAGUCAAGGUCGUCGCUACAUCUACGACCGGGAUUACUAUGACCGGUUCCAGAAGCCGGAGAUUGAGGCUGUCGAGGCUGCUCAUGCUGAAGCCGCUCGUGUCAAGGCUGCUGAAGCUGCGCAGGUCGAGGCUGCUAGAAUUGAGACUAUUGAGGCUGCGCAAGCCGAGAUCGCUCGUCUCAAGGCUGCUGAAGCUGCUCGAGCUGAGGCUGCUCGCAUCCAAGUCGCUGAGGCUGCCCAGGCGGAGAAGGCCCGAACUUCUGCUGCUGCUGCAGCUGCCCAGGCGGAAGCGGCUCGAAUUGAGGCCGCCGAGAAAGCAACGGCCCGGGCCGUCCGCGAGGCCACUCCUCAGCGAAACAACGCUGAGCCUAGCAUCGAUCAGGUUAUCUCUCCACAGCCUCCUGUGCAUGAAGAACGAAGUCGUACCCCCCUCGCUGAGCCACCUACUCCACCGGUCCACCAACACUUCGAGCCUGCCGUAAAGGUUGAGUCCACGGAGCCUCCAAAGAUGCCGAUGCCCGAGGAGCCUAUGAUUACAUUCUCACCCGAGACUGGCACAUUCAAGGCAUUCCCAUCGCCCCUUCGAGACAACGUCAGACCGCCGCGAUUUGAUUCCACGCCCGACCUUCCCCAGCCGCAGGAAGAUUCCCACGAAGAGAACAUUGACCCCACGGCAUCGGCCCCUAACGUCGAGACUUUCACCCCAUCUGGAGAGCCCGCCCCUAUGAGAAUGCCCCGUGCUGCUCCCUCGAAUACAUCCCAUAAUCACUCGGCAGCACCCCCACCUGCGGAAGCCAGACCGCCACGCAGGGUUGAAAGAGACGCGCAUGGGCAUCGCUCGAACGCACCUUUGCCCUCGGAAGCUAGGGCUGGGAGACGCGUCGAAAGAGAGCAGCCUCAACCCUACCCUAUGCCCACAAAGAGAGCUCCUCUCCGUCAAGAGACACAGCCCCAGCGCACCUCUCACCCCGGCGUCCCCGACACCCCUAUCAACCGGGAAGAGGCUCUCGCCCAGAUCAGAGCUCGACGAGGCCGUGCUCGCAGCCAGCAACGAUCAGUCAGUGCCACCGAGGCCAGUCGUGCAGCUCGAACUUUCGCCGGCACAAACCCGAGUGCCACUCGGGGACCUCGACGUCUCCCCAACCUCCGGCCCGAUUCAAAAACAGAAAACGAUGUUGGCGAACGUCGAGAUAUGAGUGCUCCUGUUCGGAUGUUCCGACGUUAA